AUGGUUGGUUCUCCCAUGAAAAUAGGAUUUUAUAGCAAAGACACUAGAAGAUUAGAAAUGACAAAUAGGGGAAAGACUUCUGGAACUGAUCUAGAUGAUAUAAUUGACAUGUUUUCAUCUAACAACCACCAUAUUAUUAAUAAUAUAUUGGGUUGGUUUGAUAAGUUAAAAAUUUAUUAA